UAUAUAUAUAUAUAUAUAUGUAACAGUAUAACUUUAAACCAUCCCCUCGCCCCGACACGGGCGCGAACCAGGGACCCUCUGCACACAUCAACGACGGUCGCCCACGAAGCAUCGUUACCAUUUCACAUCCGUUACACUCACCCCCCUUUCAACCUCCUCCUUUUCCGCAGCAACCAGUGAUCCGGGUCAACAGCAUCAAUGUAACAGUAUAACUUUAAACCAUCCCAAUGUAACAGUAUAACUUUAAACCGUCCCCUCGCCCCGACACGGGCGCGAACCAGGGACCCUCUGCACACAUCAACGACGGUCGCCCACGAAGCAUCGUUACCCAUCGCUCCACAAAGGCCACGGCUCUUGCAGGGCAAGGGGCAACACUACUUAAGUCUCAGAGCAAGUGACGUAACUGGUUGAAAUGCUACUAGCGCGUACCCGCUAACUAGCUAGCCAUUUCACAUCCGUUACAUAUAGAUAGAACCAGAACUGCUGGUUCUUUCUAAACAAGUCUGUUCUGAGUGUAACGGAUACUGAUCAUGAAACGUCGUGAUUUGUUGUUAAUUUGUAUUUCUGUAUAUUUCAGUGGUGGAUACAAUAUGGCUGUGAAUUUUUUUAAAUUAAUUUGUAUUUUUUUUAUUAAGUUGCAGCUAGCAAUAGCAUAUUUCAAAGAGCGACUCAGAGCACUCCUUUUUUCAUUUAAUCACGCGCCAUGACGCCAACCAAUGAAAUCCUUUCUCUUCACUCUAAAAAGGAAGUAAACAGUGACCGAGAACAACUUUCACGUUAGUGUUUUUAUUGUUGUUAUUUAGACAUUUAUUAACACAAUGGAACUACAAAUAUGACUAAUUGAACUCCUAAGCAUCAGAUACUUACCCCAAGUAGUCUUUAAUUCUCGUUGGAGACAGGGCUUAGUUGAUAGACGUUAUCUAGCUGACGCUAGCUAGCUGCUAAUAAUGGCUAACUGUAUGGUUUUUCACACUCAAAUAGCCUCCAUCAUGGAGGUGCUAGCGAAUGCAGCCGUGUCAGAGAUCUGUAAACUCGUAGACGACGACUAUGCAGUGUUUCGUUUGGAAAUAACUCAAAGCCAGAAAGAAAACAGGGUAAUACGGAGGAAACUACAGCUAUUGGAACUGAAGGUGGCACGGGAGCGCGCAGAGAAGACAAUGCGAGAGCGCGCCCUCCCCAGUAGUGUAAAGGUCCUCGACCGAUACAGAGGAAUGGCAAGAGGCGAAGGACAUCUCACUGGAGGCCACAGGAACUUUGUGAAGCCAGUGGGCCACAAUACAUGGAGAAAUGACCAACCCGUAGCUGUAGAUGAAGGGAGUGGAACCUCAACCCAGCACAUUAUCAUAAUAGAGUCUGCAGAUGCAGAGGCUGCAGGUUCUGAGGUCGAGCAGGAGAGAUCUGAAGGAGAGGAGAACCCACGGCACAGCAGAGACAUCCAGACUGGAGCAGCUGGAGUGCCCUAUGAAGCCACAGAGGACCCCACCACCGCUGCCGCUGCUCACGAGCCAAGAAACCAACGCAGCUUCACGGAGGAGGAGGAGGGUCCAGAGGUACUGCUGGUGAAGGAGGAGGGGUUUGAGGAGGGUCUGGGUAACCCUGAGGAGACCAUGGUCAUGGAGGACAACCAGACUACACCUCCUCCUGAACCCACAGAGGAACCAGCUGAGCAGCACAGGACCACACACAGUCUCACUGAGUCAGUAGACAUGGAGGAUGGGAAGCCUGAUCUGCAGCUGCUCAAAGUGGAGACAAUAGAGGACAGGCCAGAGAGUGGACUAAAGAUGUGGGAUCAAGGUGGUUGGCUGGAGGCUAACAGAAGAGAUUGGGUGGCCAUCUUGGAUUCCCAGACUGUUGCAGCCAAGGUCCCUGGGGACGGCAUCACCGAGCAGGCCAGGACCAGAGGCGACAUAGCGGAGUCUGCAGUCCAUGAGGACCUGCUGAUAUCCGGUGUUGCUGGCGGGAGAGACUGGACCUCUGAGGUGGCUGGUCAUAAACCCUGGCCCCAGAUCAGGACCCUGGAUGAGAAGCUUUCGCUCUUCCUUCCCGAGUCAGAACCAGGACCCAACCACGAGGGACAGAGACUCCACCACCACACCGAACACAACCAGUGGACAGGUAGACUGAACAACCUCAGUCCUGGUGGUCAUCAAAAAGACAGAGGCUCCAGUCAGGGAUCCAGUCUGCAGCCCAGAACCUUCUCUCCACAGUCUCAGUGCAGGGAUGAAGCAGGGCCUGAAGCUGAUAGAGAUAGACCCUCCUGUUCCUAUGAUUCAAACAUCACAGUAUCCAUGAUGAACAGAACAAGUCACCCUGGGCUUCAGCCUUCACAGAGAGUAGUGGGAGACCCCUCUGGUGGAAGUCUAUCAGGAAGUCUGUCGUCCCCUUCAGGAUCUUGUCUAAUGCUUAGUGACUGUGUUCAUAGAAAGCCUGGACCUGGGUCUAGCUUUCCUCAGUUACCUCAUGGUUACCCCACCAAUACAGACCGGGUCAGGAUGGGCGUUCACCACAAGAGGUAUCUAGCCUAUAACACAGCACACAAUCCCAAUAACUCCCCAACAAUGGCUAGAGGUCAAGGAGGGAGCUUAAACACUAACCACCUGAGGGUGGUGGCUCCUGCUUCUACCUCCUCUGGUGUCAAUGGGUCACAACGUGGGAGGCCGAGUAUUAGGACAGACGCUGACAAGCCAUACGCCUGCCCCACAUGUGGGAAGCGCUUUACUGAGUCGAACUAUGUGAAGAGGCACCAGACCGUUCACACCAAGGAGAGGCCCUUCAAGUGCAAACGAUGUUACAAGAGCUUCUCCUUCCUGAGUAGCCUUAUCAGACAUAGGAGUGUCCACAAUGUGGAACAAUUGUAGCAGUGUGGCUUGAGAUGUACACCAGGGAUAUCUGGGAGCCAUUCUUUAGCUUAGCAAUUCUCAACUGGUGGGUCACAGGGAGGUUUGACAUGGGUCGCAGGUGUCUGAGUAAAAAAAAUGUAUAUACAUAUAUAUACACUGCUCAAAAAAAUAAAGGGAACACUUAAACAACACAAUGUAACUCCAAGUCAAUCACACUUCUGUGAAAUCAAACUGUCCACUUAGGAAGCAACACUGAUUGACAAUAAAUGUCACAUGCUGUUGUGCAAAUGGAAUAGACAAAAGGUGGAAAUUAUAGGCAAUUAGCAAGACCCCCCCCCAAAACAGGAGUGAUUGCUGGAGGUCAUUUUGCAGUUAACUGAGAAGUGGUCUGUGGUCACCACCUGCAGAAUCACUCCUGUUUUGGGGGGUGUUUUGCUAAUUGCCUAUAAUUUCCACCUUUUGUCUAUUCCAUUUGCACAACAGCAUGUGAAAUUUAUUGUCAAUCAGUGUUGCUUCCUAAGUGGACAGUUUGAUUUCACAGAAGUGUGAUUGACUUGGAGUUACAUUGUGUUGUUUAAGUGUUCCCUUUAUUUUUUUGAGCAGUGUAUAUUUUUCCUCCCCUGUAUCAACUUUAAUCUCCCAUAUCGGUUAUUAUCUGUAUUAUUGUUAUGAAUCUCCCAUGGCUGUAGCAAACGUCGCCACACAAGUCACACACACAAAGUUGGCUUUAUUUAUACUGAUGUACGUCACUGUGUUCCUCAAUGCAACAAUGACCAAAACAUCCUCAAGUCAAGUCCCUCUUAACUGUUUCUGUUAUGAAAAACCCCAGAGCUCACAAGCUUAUCAAUCUAUCAUCUGUGGUAUGGGAUCUUUACAAACGGUCCUUGACCUCAAGCUGUUUGCAGUAAAUGGUCUGAAGGCUUCAGGUCUUGUGAUGACUGAGGUGAAAUAUUAAACGAAUGUGCACCUUUACUUGACAUUCCAGACUGACUGGUCUCUUCAAAAUGGUGUACAUCCUUUUAACUCCCAUUCAGGAGGGUAAUUAACCACAUACCCCUCAUUAACCCUUUGUUAACUUGUCAUUUGAAACAGGCAUGUGUAAGUACUGGGUUCUAGAGAGACAGUAACCCUGGGCUAGAAAAAAGACAAUUGAAUAUUUACCUUUCUUAUGUGAUGUAUCUGGA